GGCAUAUUGUUGACAGAAACUUGGUAGGCUAAACAAAGUAGUAGGCCUACUUAUUUUCACGCGCUGCAAGAAGUCUGCAGGCAGCAGACGGGUUGAUCCAGCCCUAGAAACCCUGCUCAGAGCUGUUCUCUAGCUCUGACCCUGCUUUGCUCUGAUAAAGUGUCUAGAACUUCUAUCUCUGAAGCUGGACAUGGUUUGUUGCUGACCACGCCCAAUAGCCACACACUGUUGGACCGCUGGCGUGUUGAAACAAGCGUAGCCUAGAAUCAUGUUUGCUUGGGCACUGUAGCUUUUCAGGACUCCAUUAUUAUCAUUCUACUCUUUGGCUAAAUCACAUUUCCGCCGUGAACUAACCUAUUUGGGAAGAUGUCGCAAACUAUUAAGAAGAUUUCAGUUACCUACGAUGCCAUCAACUCCAGCAACACCUUCACAUGUGGGGACAUCGCCAAUGGACGGGUUGUCGUCGAAGUAGCGAAGGAGGCAAAGAUUGACUCGUUGACGAUUAAAUUCAAAGGAAAGGCGCGCGUGUUUUGGACUGAGCGUCAUGGCAAAACGACGCACACAUAUUUUGACAAAGAGAAAUACUUCGACACGAAGUUAUACUUCAUACGGGAAGCCAGAGGCAACGAUGACAGGAGCCCGCUACUAACAAAUGAAAGUGGACAGCCAUAUUGUAAUGUUGUCGCCCCAGGGACUCACACAUAUCCAUUUUCAUUUCAGUUCCCACAACAGAACCUUCCAGCACCCGUUCAAGGAACAGCUGGAUGGAUUGCCUACCUCUUGGAGGCCAAACUGAGCAGGUCUAUGCGACUCUCCAGCAAAGCUAAGGCAGAGAUUCCCUAUAUACCGAGGCCAGACCUGACCAUUCCUGAUCUAAUGGUGCCUCAACACGGGUCGAAAGACAAACGUAUGAAGGUGUUUACCUCAGGCAAUGUAUCCUUCAGCAUUCACACGGAGAGAAUGGGCUACUAUAUGGGAGAACGAAUUAAAGUCGUGGCCGAAGUCCAGAACAACUCAUCGCGUGAGCUCAAGCUGAAGUAUUGCCUUUACGAGAAGAUCAGCUUCUUUGCCAGACAUAAAAGGAGGUUGAACUUAAUAGAUAUCGUUAAAGAGGAAGGAGAGUCCAUUGCUCAGUCCACACGUCAAACCGUUACCAAGCUGAUCACCAUCCCACAACAAGGCCUCAACGUGUCUGUCCUCGACUGCAGGAUCGUAAAGGUGGAACACAGGCUCAAGGUCUACCUGGACGUUCCCUACGCCUCAGACCCAGAGAUCAAAUUUCCCAUUGUCAUCCUCCCCGUGCCGCCAGCCAGUGGGCACGCCGCACCUCCACCUGCAUACUCCAGCGAUUUUGGGGCCUGGAACACUUCCGGCUCGCCCAUGGCCCCACCAGCAUGGAAUAGUGGAGCACCCUACUCGGCGCCUCAACCAGCAUGGAACAGUGUGCCUCCCAGUACCCCUCCUCCACCACCAUGGGAUAGUGGUGCCACCCCAAAUGCCCCUCCACCAGCCUGGAGUAGUGCUCCCCCAUCAGCGCCCCCUCCUUCCUACGACUCCUAUGCACUCUAUCCUCCCUUGCCCAAAUCCUAAAUCAGUCAUUCCUUGUGCAGCCUGAGGAUUUUUUAAACUAAAUAACAUUUUUUUAACUAAAUAACAUUUCUGUCAGAUCCACUCUAGUCAAAAAUGAGACGGGAAACAGAGAUAAAUUUCUUAAGCUUUAUUUCUGAAUGCAUACAUUUGUGUUUGGGGGUAUGGCUCUGUUCGGAGGAAGUUCCCCGGCUUCUCCAUGAGCUCCAUGGAAGCCAAUACAGGGAACAGCAGCAUCCUCAGGUGGUGUGCCUUCCAUUUAGCUGGAAAGGCAAAAUACCCCCUAGAACAGAGCAAGCAACAACAACAACAUGACAUUGUUUGACAACGAUUAGUCUGGUGGAGCAGGGGAGGUGGUGGGAGCAAAACAAGCAACAAAAAGCAAUGACAGGAAAACAAAUUCGGUAGUUUAAAUAAAGCGCGCCAUAUGUCAGCAUCCAAUUGCGAGCUGCAGCUGAUUAACCAAAGCGCAGCUGAUUAGUGGAGAGUUGUAUGGGUUGGGUCGGCGUCAGCCAAUAGGCAAAAGGGCGCGUUGACUAUGUGGUCUGCCAGAACUAACGCAGAUUGCUCGAUUUUUUUCUUGAGCACAUGGAGCACAGGGUUUUUUGGGGGGGACUGAAGUCAGGAAAUCAGACUCCUUAGGCUUUCAAAGACAAAUACAACAACCAUGUGUUGAUUUCAUGUACAGGAUGUGCAGGCUGCGUGUGGGGUGCUUUGUACGGUAAUUCAUACAAGCAGAAAAGAAACCAUUAUAGCGCCGAUUUAUCUAUAGAUCUAUAAUGUUGAUAAUAUUAUGAACUUUCUGCUGGAUUGAAUUACAAUGUUACUCUUGCAUGGAGGCAUGCAGCACAUAAAAUCAAUGUGUUAUAUUUGUCUUAGAAAUAAGGCCUUAAUCAUGAUCAUCAGCUAGAGACCAGUGGAUUUUCUUCAAAAAGGAGUAUGUGAUCAUCGAUGGAUGAUGUUGGGAGAGGGCUAUUUCAGCGGAGACUCUUGCUACUGUAGGCCCUUUUUUUAAGGAGUUGACAGAUGCAGGAAAGGCGACAUCCUUCCUGACUUAUUUCUUUGGGAAAAUCCACCAACUUUCCAUGGACAAAAUCUACCUGGACAGCCUAUAUACCUCAGUACUAAGUACAAAUCAUUGCUUUCACAUGUGCAACACCUCAGAACUGACACAAACAGUCCCUCCCAAAUGUUUUGUCGCUUAUCCAUGUUGUUGGAACAUCAGCUAAUGACCUGACUUUUCAAGUAAGUAAUCAAUUGGCUUCAGAGGUCACCGAUAUGAAAAGUACAACCUGUCAACUGAAGUUUUAUGUAAAAAAAGUGUUGCACUGAAGAAAGAUUAAUCGUCUCAUUAACAUAGAAAUGGCAAGACAAAUGUUUUGUCGCCUACAAAAAAAUGUGUUUUAUUUCUUUAGUUUUCUGUCAUAAAAAAGCUCAACUGUA